AAAAAGAUCGCAGAAACAAAAGAGGAAACCCUAGAAGACCUCGCAGUCGAAGAACCAGGAGCGAGUAAGCAGCGGCCAUGGCGGGCAGCGAGCAGGACGAGUUCUACCUCCGGUACUACGUAGGCCACAAGGGAAAAUUCGGCCACGAGUUCUUGGAGUUCGAGUUCAGGCCCGAUGGCAAGCUCCGCUACGCCAACAACUCGAACUACAAGAACGACACCAUGAUCCGCAAGGAGGUCUUCUUGACCCCCGCCGUCCUCCGAGAGUGCCAGCGCAUCAUCUCCGAGAGCGAGAUAAUGAAGGAGGACGAUAACAACUGGCCGGAGCCGGAUAGGGUUGGGAGGCAGGAGCUGGAGAUUGUGAUGGGGAACGAGCACAUCUCGUUCACGACGUCGAAGAUUGGGUCGCUGGUUGAUGUGCAGAGCAGCAAGGAUCCUGAGGGGCUUCGUAUCUUCUAUUAUCUCGUUCAGGAUUUGAAAUGCUUUGUUUUCUCUCUCAUCUCGCUCCAUUUCAAGAUCAAGCCUAUCCAGUCGUAGAUUAUUGUUCGCUUUUAUUUUCAGCAGAACUAUGGUGAGCUCGGGUAGAGAAGUAUGCACAUUUUGACUGAGGAUGUCAUUUCGUAAAUUCAGUGAACGAUUGACUGUUUCUUGAUUGGUUUUGUUCAUGAUUGUGUGCGGGUAUCUUAGGCAUGUUCAAUGGAUUUCUCUGUUGCAAAUUACCAACUUUGAAGAUGCUUGUUUGUCCAUACUGCAAUACUGAGUUGCUUGCUUUCAGCUGUUGGUUUUGUGACUGGCUGUUGCUACGAUGACUUUUUUACCUAUGGUGCUGUGCAAUGGAGUCUUCUAUACUGCAAUACUGGGUUGCUUGCUUUCAGCUGUUGGUUUCGUGACUGGCUGUUGCUACAAUGACUUUUUUUUUUACCUAUGGUGCUGUGUCAAUGGAUUUUUCUUUGUGUUCUGUGUUUUUGAAGGCAGUAACUUAUGCUAUAUUAUACUUAAAUGCUUCUGUUGUUAUUGUAGUCUU